AUGGUUGCCAAAUUAGAUGGGGAGUUCCAGAAGCAAGGAUUUGUACAAUCAAAAACUGACUAUUCUUUGUUCAUAAAGAAGGAUGCCUUACAUAUCACCCUAGCAGCUGUGUAUGUGGGUGGCAUUCUCCUUACUGGCAAUCACCUACCCACAAUUACAGCUUUGAAGAAACACUUGGACACUACUUUCAGCAUCAAAGAUCUAGGGAUCAUGAAUUACUUUCUAGGGAUUGAAGUUGGUUAUCUGCCUGAUGGGAUUGUCCUUACUCUGAAAAAGUUCACCAAAUCUUUGUUGGCUAAUUGUGGUUUUGACAUCAGCAAACCUACAGUCACACCUCUACCCAUCAACACCAAACUUCUUACAGAUGAAGGUUUUCCCUAUGACUGUCCAGAACAUUACAGAACACUAGUUGGCAAACUCAACUUUCUCACUCACACCAGGCCUGAUCUAUGCUAUGCAGUUCAAUUACUUAGUCAGUUCAUGCAUCUUCCAAGGAUGCCUCAUGUUGCAGCACUCCAUCACGUUCUUAGGUAUGUUGCUCACACAGAAGGCCAGGGUAUUUUGAUGAGAGCUUCUGAUUCUCUUUCCCUACAAGCCUUUCUGAAAGUGAUCAUGAUUGGGAUGCAUGCCCCAAUUCGAGAAGAUCCAUUACAGUCUAAGAAGCAGAAUACUAUUCCUAGAAGUUCGUCAGAAGCUGAGUGCAGGGAUAUGGCAGGUGCAGCAUCAAAGGUUACAUGGCACACCAAUGCACUGCUGGUGCUUCACACACUGGAAAGAUACCCUUCUAACAUAAUUGAUGAGCUGUCAGCUCACAAUGCAUGA